CAGCCAGCGCACAUCUACCAAACACCUCUCGUCAGCCACCCUCCACCCUCCGUCCCCCCAUCCCCCCAUCCCGGCCAGCCUCCACCCACUCAGCACGUCACGCCCAUCCCGCUCCCCAUGUCUAUGCCCGCAGACCCCCCGCUCCAAACAUCGGCCCCCGUCGACCGCCCCUCUCCCCGCAUAAAUCCCUUCCACCUCCUCUCCCACCCCGACUCAUCCCACCCCCUUCCCGACCUUCCUCCCCAUCUCCAAGCACUUGCAAUGCAGCCAGACACCGACCCGGACGCAGAGUCCCGCUCGCCGCCCGUGCAUAUCACCAAGGUGUCGGGCGCCGAGGUGACCCUUAGAUCACACCCCGAGGCGACAAAUCACAAGACGUUUCUCGGACGCGUCAGCGGGGCGUUCAAGAGGGACUCGGCGGAGAGCGACAGCAGAUUCGGCACCUCGCCUAUCGUCAUGCAAGGAGCACCGCCGAGCCCGCCCCCGAGUGAUGGGGGCAUGGACGACUCGGUCGUCAUGUCGGAUGAGGAUCUGCCAGCCACGUUGUCGUCGAACGGCAACCAUUCUCAGACCGGAGAUGCUCGACCUGUUCUUGCAACCAGCUUCACCUCGGAACCCUCGGACUUUGACCCGCUCGUCGUCCUCGCCCCGCCCAUCCCUGCAGCUCGGCGCGUCUCGGGCAGCUCAACAACGUCGAGCCGAGCGGGGUCUCUGACUCUGGUGCGCAGCGGUCGCUUGGCGCCUCAACGGGACGGCGAGAAUCUCGCCAAGACCAAAGACUUGCCGGCGCUGCCCAACGGGUCGGACGUCGAACUGGAACGACGUGAUAGCGCAGGCAACCUCCUCUCGCCCACUCCCAUGUUGCAUCGCCGAAGUACAGUCGGUUCACCCAUACCCCCACCCCCUCCUGCCCCUCGGUCUCCUCUCAUGCAUUCUCGCUCGACGUUUGCUUCGCCGUCUUCCACACCGCCGCCGGCGCAGGGGAAGAACGGUUUUUUGGACUCGGCUAUCCAGGAGCAGGAGGAGACUAUCAGGCGUGAAAGAUUUUCGCGGCUAGAAAGGAGGUCCAAGAAGGCGAGCGCUACGAGUGAUGGAGAACACGAGCCCAAACCUGAAGACAUCUCUUCGCAACAUUACUCCCCGAAGCAACAGGCGCCGCCCCCCCGACAGCCGCUUGACAAGGAAAAGGAAGAGGCCAGGGUGCUUGUGGGGAACUUGAUCGGCGAAGAUCAUGUCAACUAUGUUCUCAUGUACAACAUGCUCACGGGUAUCCGGAUAGGAGUGUCGCGAUGCCAGGCCAAGAUUGGACGCGUCUUGACUGAUGACGAUUACACCGCGCGCCACAAGUUUUCAUUCGACAUUAUCGGAAACGAGCUCACGCCGUCUGCAAAGUACGAUUUCAAGUUCAAAGACUACGCCCCCUGGGUGUUUCGUGAACUGCGCGAACAGCAUUUCAACCUCGACCCUGCCGAUUAUCUCUUGUCCUUGACCGCAAAAUACAUCCUCUCCGAACUAGGCUCUCCCGGGAAGUCCGGGUCCUUUUUCUACUUUUCUCGCGACUACCGCUUCAUCAUCAAAACCAUCUCCCACCACGAACACAAAUUCUUGCGGUCCAUCCUCAAAGACUACCACGAACAUGUCAAGGAGAACCCCCACACUCUUCUCUCCCGCUUCUAUGGCUUGCAUCGUGUCAAGCUUCCUCGUGGACCCAAAAUUCACUUUGUCAUCAUGAACAAUCUUUUCCCGCCCCACCGAGAUAUUCACGAAACGUACGAUCUCAAGGGUUCUGCCUUUGGCCGAGAAUACCCCGAAGACAAAGCGGUGCAGAAUCCUAGGGCCACGCUCAAAGACAAGAACUGGGUCAACAGGGGCAGGCUACUGGAGCUCGGGCCGGAGAAGAGAGCGCUGUUGACGUCCCAGCUGAAGAGGGAUAUGGAGUUUUUGAGGAAAAUCAGGGUAAUGGACUACUCCCUACUUGUUGGGAUACACAAUAUGGAAAGGGGAAACCGAGACAACCUCCGAAACACUCAACUAUCCGUCUUCCAUGUAGGUCACUCAGCGGUCUUGCCUAUUGUACUAAUGAUGGACGUAGCCAGAGGUCACCACGACCAAACGCAAGCCAUCCACCCACAAAGGCGGCCACGAAGCUUCCAACAUUCGUAAAGUUGUUCGACGUGCAGACCCCAAAACUCUGGAUGUCACAUCCCAAUUACCCUCGGAAGAUGCGCCUGACCACGCAAACCUCAUCUUUUAUCAAAAUGAAGGGGGGUUCCAGGCCACUGACGAGCGAAACAACCCACUAGACACCAUAUACUAUCUCGGUGUAAUCGAUAUCUGUACUCCUUAUAAUACGGCCAAAAAGGUCGAACAUUGCUGGAAGAGUAUGACGGAGGAUAGACAUAUGAUUUCUUGUGUGGAUCCCGUGCAGUAUGGCCAGCGAUUCUUCGACUUUCUUCGGUCUGUCAUGCGCAAAGGGGAUCUUUCUCUCCGCCCGCCCGGUUUGGAACCUAUCGCCAAGGUUGACAAGCCCGAUGUUGGGCAGGAUACCGAUAGAGAUCCAUGUGCGGGCAUCGACACUACUGCCAACGCUAGCGGCGGCCCUGACCAGGGCGGUGGCAGCGAGGGUUUGAGCUCUGCGGAAGUGCGCAGGGAUGCGCCAGGGAUAGCUCUCAGAGCGGACGGCGCAGAGGCAACAGAACCAGCAAUGGUCGGACAUUUGAAAGCGGACUAGGUCAGAUAAUGUCUAUUUUGUUUAUUUUUCUCUACAUUUGUACAAGUAUACCAGACAGACGAGUAUACCCUUUCAUCUACUUGUCAACUUUUGGCCUUUCAUUCUCAAUGACGAACGAUUAUUCUAUUGCAUGUAUACGACGACUUUCUAACGACAAAUUUUAAUCAAGACUGUGAAAUACCUGUGUGGGAUGGUGCAUACAUUGUGU